AUGGAGAACCUGACGGGCAAUAUCGACGAGCUGCAGCGGCUGCAGACUACUCUGACGAAUGAGCUGCAGCAGCUGGAGGGCAUCACCGACGCCCUCGUGUGGGAUGUCUCUAUGCAGCAUGAGCGCAACCGGCGGCUCCGCGAGGCUAUUCAGGCUCUCGAGACCGACACCGCCAUGCUGGAGGAGCGACAUCGGCAGCUUGAGAGGCGCCACGAGAGCAUCACCCGCCAAGAGCAAGCAGAGCAAGACAUCAAGCGUGCGCUAUUUCAGCGCAUCCAAGAGCUGGCGAGAUCGAAGCUGAAUGCACUCAAGCGCAAUGAGAGGCUGCAGAGGCGCAUCGAUGCAUUGCGCGAUCCAGGAAGCGGCGCGGCAAUCCUCUUCCAUCAGACUGACCCACAAAGCCCCCAGCGACUGAGGGGUGGUGUCGAUAUGAGGGCGUGCAAGCCGAUGGGGUUCUGGGGCUUAAACAAUCGUCGUGGGUUCUUUUGUGCAUCAACGGAGGAGAUCACGAACGACCCCGGCAAGGCUCAGCAUCGUGGGUGGAUGUUCAAGUUGGCGGUGCGACUUGGACGCGUGAAGGAGCUGCACACCUUGAGAGGACCCGGGACGCUGGCGAGCAACGACGAGUUCGACAGUGUGGUGAUUCAGACGGACUCGGGGCUGGAGUUUGCUGUGACGAAAUCAGAGCAGGUGACGAUUAUUAGCGACUACCCCUACCCUCAGGGAAUCAGAUAGAAAGUUGUUGUGAGUCUGCCUGUUCGGCUCUGUGCUUAUCUGUGUUGGCGAUCCACGUUUUUGUCUACCUGCCUGUGCAUGUCAUAGAGCUGUUGUUUAUCCAACGAAAUGACCCGUGGGCCCAUUUGGAGUGCCUGUGUGGAUGGCUAGCUCGUGUGCGACUUUGCAAUGUCUGCGUGGACGGUC